AAAAGCAGAGAAUAUAAAGAGACCGGAUGUUGACAAAUUUCAUGUCACUGUUCUUAGAAGGUCGUUUGUUUUUGUGAGUUAAAGAUUUCUUAUCUCGGAUCUCUCUCUCUCUCUCUCUCUCUAAAAAAUUUUCAUUCUUUUUCUCUCUUCUUCUUUUUUUUUCUUUCUCUUUCUGUGUGUACCAUUUUUUCUUAGACAGAUACAUACAUAGAUAUAGAGAGAGAAAGAGAAAGAUAAGUGUGUCUGGGUGGCCCAUUAGAUCGAAAAUCUUCUAUUUUUCUUGAACCUGAUGACGAUCUAAGCUUCUUCAAUGGUCUUCCAACAACACCCACUUUCUUAUUUUUCUUAUAAUUUUUUUUAUUUAUAAUUAUUAUUUUUUUGUUUUUUAGUGUUUUUUUUAUACCUUUUUUAGCUUUAAAUAGUGGGAAUCUAAAAGUUCCUCAAUUCCUUUUUACUUCUCUUGGUGGUGUUAUUGUUGUUACUCUCUUCAAUGGUAGAAUCCAUCUCAGAUUCUUCUUAAACACCCAAAACUCUUAACAAGAGGAUGUAGCUCUGUGGAAUGGGAACUAAGGUCCAGAAUCUACCAGGAAAUUACUCAAUGAUGAGAGAUCUUAACGAGGAAUCCAGCAGUUGUGGCUGGCCCUUUUAUGGCGAUAGAACACCGACAAAUGGGAAGUAUUAUGAUAACUAUCUUCCAAGUUCCACCGCUGAUGCAUGUUCUGUGCAUGAUAAGGAUGUUGUCAAGCGUAUGAUGCUUGAACAUGAAGCUAUAUUUAAGAAUCAGGUUUAUGAACUUCACCGUUUAUACAGAAUACAAAGAGAUUUGAUGAGUGAUUUCAAAAGGAAAGAAUUACACAGAAACCAGAUACCUGUCGAGGCUUCGUUUUGUACCGGCCCCUUGACAUCUCAAGUAACAAUUGAAGAUGGCAGAAAAUGGCAUGCUUCUGGCUUUCCUGCAGGAAAUUCGGCUUAUGCUAAGACAUCUGUUUCAGGUGCUGCAGGUGUUCAUUCUCCUUUAGGUUCUAUUCAAGGAAUAAGCAACCAAGUCGGUCCCUUUGCAUCCCGAGACUCGCAUAGUUUAAAAGAUGCCGAGGUCCUUGAGUCCACCAGACCAUUAAAGGUGAGAAGAAAAAUGUUUGACCUUUCGCUCCCUGCUGAUGAAAACAUCGAUUCUGAUGAAAGUGAUGAAAAGCUCAGUGAUGAAAAGACAAGUGGUUCAACGUUAUUUCUUCCUGAUAGAAGUUGUAAAAUUGGAAAGGAGGAUGAUAGAGGAAAGAGUUGUUGCCAGAACACCUCAAGAUCUUCCGAGCAGUCUUUAAGGAGAAGAAAUGGUUUCACUGACUUAAACGGUUUCGCUGACUUAAACGAACCUGUUCAACUAGAUGAGACAUAUGAUUCUCCUUAUGUUCAUGUUCCGAGUAAUUCAGUUGCCGCAAAUGAAUGCUCCGAUCUUACUGCCAGUGCCAAACAAAAGUUAGAGUUUUUUGGUUCGUCUAGGGAACAUUUGCUAAAUUCACGUCAGGGAACUGACAGUUGGGCUAGACAUAAUGGAUAUUUGAAGAAUAAUGGGAAUGGAAAAGAGGGAAUUCCCUUGGCGGCUGAGACAGGGCAUGCUAAAAGUAACCUACAGCCUGUGCCGAAUGUCCUCAAACCGGAGCAAUCACUUUUAUCGUCCCAAACAAUGCAGCAUACAUACAGCCAAGGACCUGCAUCCAAUUAUCUAGAUGGUCGAAACAAGCCUGAUACAUGGAGGGAAAAGACAGUUAGUGAAAGGAAUCAUGAGUACCCUGUUAAUAAACUUCCCGAGUCAAUGGUACCUUUACAUAAACCUGGUCUUGCUCCAGUUGCUUCUUCCUAUGAUUUAUCGAAGUCUUGGUCUCAUUCUGCGGCUUCUUGGGGAGUGGCGAGUUGCAGCCUAAGCCAGAAAUUAAUGUCAGUUCAGACACCUCCAUAUCUUAAUGCAUCCAGUGCCGUCAACAGGAAUUUGGAAGAGUUUUGGCCUCUAAAUAUGAAUUCCAAGCCGAACCCUGGUAUUCAACGCGAUGCACCGUUACGUAACAACGUAUUUUAUGGAGGAUCUUCAUCUGGGUCAAAGGAACCAUCAAUGAACAUGUCUUCCAUUAGCUAUGACUAUCCGACUCAUAAUAAUGACAAGAAGUCUGGAAAAGGCAUCGACUUAAAUGGGAUUCUUUCAAAUGGUUCACACAAUAACAACUUAGUUCCUCAGUCAAGCGUUGGUAUAAUGGAAGGAGAUGCCUUGUCAUGGCUUAGAGCGAAGAACACUCGGAAGAAUGAAGCACAAAAUACUGAUAGAAGCUCCAUUACUGCAGGAGAGACAAAUUUUCUUCACACUGCUCCAUUGUUGAUGAUAGGUGAAACUAGAAAGGGGCCUAGUGGAGAUUUUAUGCAUGGUGUAACUUCGGUUUCAUGUUCUAAUAAUUUUGACCAAAGGAGGACUGAGGUUAGUGCAAGCUCUAGCAAUAAGAAAAUUCUUGGUGUUCCAAUAUUUGAUAUGCCUCAUGUUUCUCCGAAGAAGGAGUUGUCUUCAAUCACUUCUCCCUCUGUGUCAAUUCGCACUCAUGCAGAAGCAGUGGAUAAUAAGCACAAAACCCUGAUGUUUGAUAUGAACAUUCCCUGUGAUGCUAAUGAUCUUGAGCUUGACAAAGAAGGGUUCACCGAAACUGUUGUUAGUAAGACAAAAUCUCCUGCGGCGGAAGCAGACGACUCUAGAAAUCAAAUUGAUCUGAACUUAAGUAUGAGCGAGGAUGAAGGAUCUUUCACAACUAUACCAAGUGCCAAUACAAAAAUGAAAGACGAGAUAGACCUGGAAGCCCCUCCCGUUCCUGAGUCAGACGAGGAUCUCAUUGAGGAAGAAAACAAGCAAGAAACUUCUCUAGCAUCACCUCAAGUUCUACAAGAUGUUGUUGAACAGCCACAGGACGAACUUAUGAGAAAUGCAGCAGAAGCAAUUAUUGUCCUUUCAUCACUUUCAUGUGAUCAAGUGAAUGAUGUUAUCAAUAGUCCACCAGAAAGUCCAACGGUGGAUCCACUAAUUUGGUUUGCGGAUGUAAUUUCCUUGUGUGAUGAUAAUCUCGUGAGCAAGUGCGAUAAUUCGAAAGGGAAAGAUGGCGAGGAUGAUGACAGAUUUGAUUAUUUUGAGUCCAUGACAUUGAAACUUGAAGAGAUGAAGGAAGAAGACUACAUGCCGAAGCCUCUUGUACCGGAAAACUUGAUAGUGGAAGAAAUAAUAAGUACUUUACCUACUCGGACGCGAAGGGGGCCCGCAAGGAGAGGGAGGCAGAAGAGAGACUUCCAAAGGGACAUCCUUCCAGGUCUUGUAUCUUUAUCAAGGAAUGAAGUAACAGAAGAUAUUCAGACAUUUGGAGGCAUUAUGAAAGCAACCGGUCAUUCAUGGCAAUCAGGACUAACUAGGAAAAACUCGUCUAAGAACGGUUGUCGGAGGGGGAGGCCGAGGCGGCAAGUGCAGGUUACCCCUUCUCCCUCCCCACCUGUUGCUGCCAAUGAAACCACCACCCUGUUAACACAGCAGCUUAAUAACAUUGAUGUCGCAUUGGAGGAUAGGAGCUUAACGGGUUGGGGAAAAACAACUCGAAGGCCUCGAAGACAGAGGUGUCCGGCUGGUAAUCCUCCACCGAUUCCAAUAACAUGAUCAUCAUAAGAGGCUUAAAAUUUUUAGAUGAGAAUUUAUAGAGGUAAGCAUUGUGAGUUCCAUAUUUGAUUGAGACAUGAUGUUCUCAAACAUUGGCGAUUCCUCUUGUAAAUUUUUUCAAUUCGGAUUCGGGUAUAAGCUUGAUUGUUGUCAGUAGUCUUUGGAUAAUACCAACUUGUAUUCUUAAAUAAUGUUGCAUGAUUUCUUCUCAUUAUAUCUUUAUAGAACCGUUGAAAUAUAUACAAGUGCUUUCUUCAA